UUUCAAAAUUAUCACUCCCAAAUUUUAACAGAAAACAAUUCUCAAAUUAUAAUCUGUUAGUAACCGUUUUCUGUUACUUAACAAUGGCCCGUACCAAGCAAACUGCUCGCAAGUCCACCGGCGGCAAGGCUCCGAGGAAGCAACUGGCAACCAAAGCCGCUCGCAAGUCCGCUCCGGCCACCGGCGGAGUGAAGAAGCCACAUCGUUUCAGGCCAGGAACCGUUGCUCUCCGUGAGAUCCGCAAGUACCAGAAGAGCACUGAGCUUUUGAUCCGCAAACUUCCUUUCCAGCGUCUCGUUCGUGAGAUCGCUCAGGAUUUCAAGACUGACCUCCGUUUCCAGAGCUCCGCCGUGUCGGCGCUUCAAGAAGCGGCUGAGGCUUACCUUGUUGGACUCUUUGAGGAUACUAACCUCUGCGCAAUUCACGCCAAGCGUGUUACUAUCAUGCCGAAGGAUAUUCAGCUUGCUAGGCGUAUUAGAGGCGAGCGUGCUUGAUUUUGUUGAAUUCUUGCUCUUAGGGUUUGUGUAGAUAUUUUGGAAAUGUUGUUAAUUCCAAACGGGUGAUUUCAGUUUCUUAAGAAUUUAAUCUUGUAAUAUUGGAAUUGUGCUUAGCACUUAUCAUUGGAAUGAAAUGUCUUUUGUUCAACUA